AUGGGGAAGAGAGUGGCCAUCAUCGGAGCUGGUGUCAGUGGCUUGGCCUCCAUCAGAUGCUGUCUGGAAGAGGGGCUGGAGCCAACCUGCUUUGAGAGGAGCGAAGACGUUGGGGGCCUGUGGAAAUUCUCGGACCAUGCAGAGGAAGGCAGGGCGAGCAUUUACCAGUCGGUCUUUGCCAACUCUUCCAAAGAGAUGACGUGUUUCCCAGACUUCCCUUUUCCCGAUGACUUCCCCAACUUUAUGCACAACAGCAAGCUCCAGGAAUAUAUCACUGCAUUUGCCCAAGAAAAAGACCUCCUGAAAUAUAUACAAUUUAAGACAUUUGUAUCCAGUAUAGAUAAACGUCCUGAUUUCUCAAUCACUGGCCAAUGGUAUGUUACCACUGAAAAGGAUGGUAAGAAAGAAUCAGCCGUCUUUGAUGCCGUAAUGAUUUGUUCUGGACAUCAUGUGUACCCCAACCUACCAAAAGAGUCCUUUCCAGGACUAAAACUCUUUAAAGGCAAAUGCUUCCAUAGCCGGGACUAUAAGGAACCAGGAGUAUUCAAGGGGAAGCGAGUCCUGGUGAUCGGCCUGGGGAACUCGGGCUGUGAUAUUGCCACGGAACUCAGCCACACAGCUGAACAGGUCAUCAUCAGCUCCAGAAGUGGCUCCUGGGUGAUCAGCCGGCUCUGGGAUGAUGGCUAUCCUUGGGACAUGAUGCUUGUCACUCGAUUUGAAACCUUCCUCAAGAACAACCUACCGACAGCCUUCUGUGACUGGUGGUACUUGAAGCAAAUGAAUGCCAGAUUCAAGCACGAGAACUAUGGCUUGAUGCCUUUAAAUGGAAUCCUGAGGAAAGAGCCUGUGUUUAAUGAUGUGCUCCCAGCUUGCAUUGUCUGUGGCAGAGUGUCCAUUAAGCCUAAUGUGAAGAAGUUCACAGAGACUUCAGCCAUUUUUGAGGAUGGGACAGUGUUUGAGGCCAUUGACUACGUCAUUUUUGCAACAGGCUAUGAUUAUGCCUACCCCUUCCUUGAUGACUCCAUCAUCAAAAGCAGAGACAAUGAGGUCACCUUGUUUAAAGGCAUCUUCGCUCCCCAACUGGAGAAGCCAACCAUGGCAGUGAUUGGCCUUAUCCAGUCCCUUGGGGCUGCCAUUCCCAUAGCCGACCUGCAGGCCCGCUGGGCAGUACAAGUAAUAAAGGGAACUUGUGCUUUGCCUUCUGUGAGAGACAUGAUGAAUGAUAUUGAUGAGAAAAUGGGGAAAAAACUCAAAUGGUUUGGCAAAAGCGAAACCAUACAGACGGAUUAUGUUAGUUAUGUGGAUGAAAUCGCCUCCUUCAUUGGGGCAAAGCCCAACAUCCCGUGGCUGUUUCUCACGGAUCCCAAGCUGGCUGUGGAAGUUUUCUUUGGCCCUUGUAGCCCAUACCAGUUUAGGCUGGUGGGCCCAGGGAAGUGGCCAGGAGCCAGAAAUGCCAUCCUGACCCAGUGGGACCGGACCCUGAAACCUAUGAGGACGAGAGCUGUCGGGAGUCCUCAGAAACCUCACUUAUUCUUCCGCUGGCUGAAGUUCCUUGCUAUUCCCAUUCUGUUCAUUGCUCUUUUCCUUGUGUUGAUCUAA